CGACGGCAAGUUCUUGCUUGCUAGAGUUUACAGUAAUUGCAUCUUGUACGCAGAGCUAACAGUGAUAACACCUCUGUCAGUCGUAUAGGUGCCAUCAUCCAGGGACCGACUCGCGUUGUUCCCCAGAAGCGGGAGGCUGGUGCCGCGUAACCGCAUACAUGCACCGACCAGUUCACGUUGACCUUCUUCGCCGGAGCUCCUCAAGUCGUCCUCCAGCAGCAGACUGUCAUCAUGCCGCCCUUCACCAUACAGCAGUGUGCAAUUCCUGCCGUGACUAUUCUCAUCGUCAUCAUAGCAUAUCCAUCGCUCUGGCUGCUCGAACGACUCGGUCCUCAACCUCUGACUAAACAGCAACACAUAAUACUUCAUACAUAUGCCUUGGUAAUUGUGUUUUGCUACUACAAGGCAUGCUUCACAAAUCCCGGCACCAUUCCAAAAGACUGGGUGUCCGGACAGAGCGAGGUCGCCAAAGUUCAAGUUACUCGAGAGGAACGCCAACGCCAAAGAUGGUGUCGCAAAUGUCAGGCCUUCAAACCACCACGGGCACAUCAUUGCAAGACAUGUGAAAGGUGUAUCCCCAAGAUGGAUCACCAUUGCCCCUGGACAGCAAAUUGUGUUUCCCACACUACUUUUCCACACUUUGUCCGCUUCUUGUUCUACGCAGUGGCUGGCAUGUCGCAUCUUGGGUGCCUCCUGUGGUCGCGAAUGUACCACUUGUGGACGCUGAAAGAUCUCCCAUAUUAUCUUGGCCCGACACCUUCCCUCUUGUUUGGCCUCUUCUUCAUCACUGCUUUGAAUUCCGUGGUCGUCUUCAUGCUAUUCAUCUUGCUCGCUCGCACGCUCUGGUGUCUAGGUGCAAACACUACCACUAUCGAAGGCUGGGAGAUAGAGAGACAUGAGACGUUGCUUCGUCGUGCUAAGUAUCUUGGUGGUGUUCUUGAAGGCCCUAAUGGAGCCAAGGUACGUAUCAUCAGGCAGGAAUAUCCUUGGGAUAUCGGUAUCUUCUCCAACAUUGCACAAGGCAUGGGUAGCUGGAACCCUCUUGCCUGGUUUUGGCCCUUCUCGUUCACUCCCUCCGUGGAAAGUGGGCUGGAGUUCGAAGACAACGGUCUCGAAGCACCUGGCACAACGUGGCCACCACCGGACCCGGACAGAAUGUUUCGCAUGGCACCUACGGAGAAAGCUUUUGAUCCAUCAAAGGCAUUUACUCAUUCCAUGGAUCCCGAAGAGUUCUACAAAAGGCAGCAGGCUGAUCAGCUACGCCCUCAUCUCGACGCUGACGUUUCCGAGCUUCGACGAAGGCAGCCCUUCCAUGUGCGAUAUGACCAGAAGAUUACCCGGAAGCGUCGCGAGGAUGAUUACGUCUAUGACAAUGACAACGACUACGAGUCAGACGGUAAUGAAAGCGAGGAUGAUGUGCCCCAGUGGCAACCAAAGCCAGGGGAAGGCGAAGAAGGCUGGCGAAACUCCGAGGGUGAGAGACUGGACGACUUCGGCGUUGAUGAAGAUGUUGAGUUCUACGACGAGGACGACGUACCUCUGGGUGAGCUGAUGAGACGAAAAAACUUGGCCAAUGACAGUUCGGCGGGAAAGGCCGAUCUCGGGGUCUCAUGCCCGAUAUCGCGAUACAUGCUCACCUCCGCAUCUCCAUCCAGCGUGCGGUCGAACAUUGAUAUUAAGGCCGGGUGUCCACUACCUGGAUCUUUCUACAUCUUACAGCGUUUUCUCGAGACAACCAAUAUGAGCAAAGUCAAUGAUAAAUGGUCAUCUGAGAUCUAUUCAGCAGCUGCAGGAUUCGUACCAAAGCUCACAACGACUGUUCUCUCCUACCUCUCGCCGAAUCCAAAUGAAAGGAUUCUCGACAUUGGCUGCGGCGAUGGUCCUUUGACCGCCCAGAUAGCCGCCUCGUUACCCCAAGGCCACAUAUUUGGCCUAGAUGCCUCGCCAUCGUUCAUAAAGACAGCAAAGGAGAAGCAUUCGAGUCAAAAUUGUGUCUUCCAACUCCAAGAUUGUCGCCAUAUUGGCGAAUGCGCUGAAGCAGUCGAUGGUAGUUGGGACAAGGUGUUCAGCAACGCAGCUCUCCAUUGGAUACUACGUGAGCCCAGUACAAGAGAUGUUGUUUUCAAGGACGUUCACUCGGCCUUGAAACCAGGUGGUACAUUCGUCUUCGAGAUGGGUGGUAAAGGCAAUGUGGAAGCUGUUCACGCGACGAUCUUGUCUGUUCUGGUCGCCAACGGGAUUGCCCUUUCGACGGCCAGAGAAGCAUGUCCAUGGUUCUUUCCCAGCGAUACAUGGAUGACACAGCAAUUGCAAAAGUCGGGCUUCGAGGUUGUCAAGUGCGAGUUGGAGUACAGACCUACCAAGUGUACUCCUAGAUCUGCCGAUGGGUCUGGUGGCUUGGAAGGUUGGGUCAAGCUCAUGGGAGCUGAGAUGUUGAAUGCGGUAGAUGAGAGUAAGCGAGGGGAUAUUGUCAAACAAGUCUGCGAUGUUUUGGAGACUGUUGUGACUCGAGAGGAAGAUGGGAGUCAGUACCUCAACUACGUCAGACUUCGCGCUGUGGCACGAAAGAUAUAACACGCCAACCACAAAUUAUGAUAUGAUCAGACGCAAUCAAUGUCAACCUCGAAGCGGAAAACAUCUUGCUACAAUGG